AUGAAUGAACUGGAAGAAAAUUGGAGGAGAAUGCGGCUUACAGAGGAAGAAGGGCAAGGGAUUGACAUUGAGGAUGAGCUGCCUGAUGACCUGUUCGAAAAAGAAGAGAGAAGCCUGGUCGGAAGGGUCUGUAUCGAGAGGAGCAUUAGCCAAGAGGUGAUUGAAUCAACUUUGGCGAAAAUCUGGAGAAUCAGCAGGCGAGCUAAAUUUCUGGAGGUAUGCCCCAAUACCUUUGUAAUUACUUUUGCAAACCUAGCAGAUAAAAUACGGGUUUGGGAGGGUAGGCCGUGGUUGUUUGACAACCAUCUGUUGGUAAUGAAACUCUAUGAUGGUUUAAGGCCACCGCAUAAAAUGGAUUUUAGCCAAAAAAAAAUGUGGGUUCAGAUGUACAACCUUCCGUUAGCUUGCGUGAAUGAGGGGAGGGGAAAACUGAUAGGGGAGUCUAUAGGUAGGGUGGAAGAAGUAGAUGUGAUGGGCAACAGCUGUGGAUGGGGUAGAUGUUUAAGGGUUAGCAUUGUAGUGGAUUUGACAAAGCCUUUGGCAAAAGGGAGAACAAUUUGUAUUAAAGGGGAAAGGCUUUGGGUCUCCUUAAGGUAUGAGAAGCUACCGAGAAUGUGUUUUGUAUGUGGAUGUAUUGUUCAUGGGAACCGGGGGUGUAAGGGUGAGACAAAGGUCCCAAUCAAUAUGGGGCUUGGUUGA